AUGUCUUCCCUUAAAGAAUCACUUGUUGCAACCGACAACCCAAGUGAGCAUGUUGAUUUAAAUGAUGAGGAAAGUUUUGAAGAAGAAAAUAUGAUUGAUGAAGAUGAUGUUGAUGUUGGUUCAAAACGAAAGAGUAAAUCUGAAGUUUGGCUUCAUUUUGAAUCUGUUGAAGUGAUGGAAGGAGAGCAGAAGGUCAUGAAAGAUCGAUGCAUACAUUGUAAGAAGCUAUAUAAACCACAAGCUUCAAAGGCCACAACACAGCUAAAGCGACACUUGAAUAAGUGUUCAUACUUGAAAAGGUCAAAAGGUAAAAAAGGUUUCAUAAAUUUUGAAAAAACUAGUAAUGAAGCAACUGAAUAUGGGUUGAGUGGGGGAUUUGAACAAACAAAAUGUAGGGAAAUAAUUGCCAAAAUGAUUGUAGCCCAUGAGCUACCUUUUUCCUUUGUAGAGUACCAUUGGUUUAAUGCCCUGAUGAAAUACUUGAACCCUCUUUUUCAAAAAGUGAGUAGAGCCACAAUUAGAAAAGAUUGCAUUAAAGUGGUUGAAUUAGAAAGAGAGAAGUUGAAGAAAGUUUUUAAAAAGAUUGAUAUGAUCUCACUUACUAGUGACUGCUGGACCUCAAAUCAAACUAUUGGGUAUAAUAACAUUAGACAAGAUAAAAUAGGUACAAUAACAUUAGACAAUGCAUCAAAUAAUGAUAGGGCGGCCGCAAUUUUAAGGAAUACCUUUCAAGGAAAGGGAACAUUGCACUUUAAGGGUAUGUUUUUUCAUGUGAGAUGUGCUCAUAUACUAAACCUGGUUGUACAAGAUGGACUUGGAACAAUUGAUGGUUGUCUUGUCAAAAUAAGAGAAGGUGUGAAAUAUUUGAAGAAGUCAGCGGGUCGCCUCUUGAGGUUUGGUGAAAUUUCGAUCACCCUUGGUACCCAAACCCGCCGAUCAUUGUGUAUUGAUGUAAAAACCAGAUGGAACUCAACACAUCGUAUGCUUAAAUCGGCGAUUCACUACAAACAUGCUUUUAAAGGUUACGCAUUGAGGGAUUCGAAUUAUGAGUGGUCUCUUACGGAUGAAGAGUGGGAUCGGGCUAAAAAGGUAUGCAAGCUACUUGAGGUGUUUUUGAAUGCUACAGAUUUGUUUUUGGGUACAUUAUAUCCGACCGCAAAUUUGUUUCUUGUUGAGAUUUUUAAAGUAAAAAGAGAGAUAACUAAUGCUGUUAAAUCAAAUGAUAAUUUCUUGAAAAAUAUGGGAAGGCCAAUGUUUGACAAGUUUGAGAAGUAUUGGGGAGAAAUCGGGAUACUUAUGUCAAUUGCUUCUCUUUUAGACCCGUGUUUUAAGAAGGAAUCUAUUUCUUGGACAUUUAAGAAGUUGUAUCCAGAAAAAGAGAGGUUGAUGGUCAGGUUGAAGAUGUGA